CCUCAACUGACUCACUUCUCUGGAGGCCCUUGAAAAUUCAGAAUGUUGUCCUGUUCCCAGACUUCUGGCAGCUCAGGGCACCAAAAAGCUAAGAGUCCUGGCUUUGGCCACCUUUGGAGAUGCUGGGUGUGCUUUGUUUUUCAACACUUCUGGCCAUUUUCCCACUGGAAACCAAGGUUGUGGGCUAUUCAGGUCAACAACUCCAGAAGCCCCAAUGCAUGAUGACUCAGGAAUGGGAGACACUCUGCAUCUGGGACCAGCUUCUAUGGUAGGUUCAUAAGGAGAUCUGAAAUUCUGACAGGACACUGAGCUCAUGGACCCAUUAGUUGGGGAACCAACUGUGCCAGAAGCUCUGUACACAUAUGUAAGAUGAUGACUGUAGAAAUUACCCCAGGUGUUUUGUUAUGAUCCAGAUCUGAUCAUGGUGAAGCAGCUGUUGGAUUGCCCAUGGCUCAACUGGCCUUUCUCAGAGUACUGGUGAAGAGAAUCAAGGCUUCUGACUUGAUUGCCCAACACCCUGCUCUUCACCAACCACGCAUCUCUUUCUGGGAUUGUGGAUGGAUAAAAUGGCCUGAGGAUUUUUGUGAGUCUCCAGUUCUGGUCAGCCUGAACCAUUUGAUUAACUACAUCAAUCACCACAUGGAUUCCUCAGUUCCAUCCAUUGAGCAAGAGAUAUCAAGACCAUGAUGGGAAAAAGACAACUAGCCAAACUUGUGGAAACACAUGAACUGUGGACCAAUAGCUGAGGAGUCCCCAUGGUACUGGACUAGGCCCUCUGGAUAGACGGACCCUAAACAGACCAGAACUGUCAAUCACCAGCAGUGAGCCUGAGACCAAGACCUGUGGAUCUGGCUCAAGUUAACUAGUAGUGACCAGGGAACCAGGCCAACAGCUGAUACUGUCCACUCUGAAAAUCCCACUCCCGAUGGAAAGAGCUGAGAGUGUCACAGAGUGGCAUCUAACUGCACAGUGCACUUUCAUAUGUCAGCAAGAGGAGAAGUGAGUUCAUGCUUUAGUUAAAAACAUGGUUGGAAGGUCAUGAGUUUGCUGAGAGUGGACUGUUGACCUUUGUCACCUGUACAUAACCGCCUCUUCAAACCACGUGCUGCUGGGGAGCUACGGGUGUCCUAAACAGGUAGAGAUUUCAUUUCCUGGAUAUUAAUCAGACCUGGCAUUGUCUUCCUGGCUCUGUGGACCUAGGUUCCUGGUAAGAUCAUCCCGUUCCCAGCUCUCUUAGUGUCGUGAAUCCUCUGACAGUUAUAACAUCUCCCACUCCCCCUUCCUCAAAUCUGGGGUCAAGAAUCUCAAUUUCUCCCAAAGUUGACUGUUUUAUAGGCAGGGAGAUGUCACAUCCCUAAGAGGCUCAGGAAGGGAUUAGCUUCAAAAUGCAGUUAAUGAAAGGUUUAUGAGCACAGUAAGAUCGACACUUGCUGUUGGCCAUCAGGGUUCUGACCCAUCCCCUAGUCUCAUUUCUUCUCUCAGCCUUACUUCACUCUCCAGUCAAACAGGUCUCCAAACAGAGUCUAACCCUGUCCUUUCUCCAAGUCUUCGCAUUGCAUAUCUGGAAUGUUCUCCUGGCUGUUCAUGGGACAUAUGCUUAAUUCUUAAUAAUUUUCAUUAAAAUAUUAACUUCUGGGCAGGUAAGAUAGCUCUGAGUGAAGAAACUUUCUGCCAAGCCUGAUGCCCUGAGUUAGAUUCCCAGGUCUCACAUGGAGGAAGGAGAGAACUGACUCCUACAGGUUGUCCUAUGACUUCCACACAUGCUCCAGAGCAUAUACAUGCUCCACACACUAGAGACAAACAGACAGACAGGGAGACAGGGAGACACACACACUCACACAAGUUAAAUAGUUUAUUUACAAAAAAACCCAACCAAUUAAGUUCUCAAAGAUGCCUCACUGACAUGCUUGGCUACUAGGUUCCAUUCUUUUUAAAUUUUUUUAUCUCUUAUUUUUUAUCUUUAUGUUUUUAUGUGUGUGGAUGCUUCACUUUCAUGUGUAUAUGCAUCCUAUGUGCAUACCUGUUGGCUACAGAGGUCAGAAGAGGGUGUGAGAUCUCCUAGAGUUAAGGACGGUCAUGAGCUGCCAUUUGGUUGCUGGGGACUGAACUCAGGUCCUCUGUAAGAGCAACAAGUCCUCUCAACUGUUGAGCCAUCCCUCCAGCCCCUCAUUUUAAAAUAAUUUUUAAUUUAUUUUUUCCACUGGCUUUUAUUCAUUGUACAUGACACUGGGUCACACAAAUGCAUCUUCACAUAGGUAUAAAUUAUAACAUGAUUUGGGUAUAUUUCCCUGUCCUCUCUUCCUUCUUCUCUCCUUUUCCAUCCCUCCUACUCUUGGUCCCCAGACAGUUUCUAUUGUACCUUCAUGUCAUAAACACACAUACAUUUUAUGUAUCUGAAUAAAGCUAGGAAUGUCAAAUGAGCGGAACAGCGGUAUUUGUCUUGGCACCCAGUCAGAUCCUUUUUGUCAGUGAAGUGAUUUGUGAUGACUAAAUCUUGUUUGCCUUCCUGUUGCCUGUCUCUCUCAAGAGUGUGACCUCCUUAAGUGUGGGUGAAGGGGUGUCAGUCUCCUUAUCUCCAUCUCCUCCAUGAGGAACCAUUUCUGCAUCACUGUAGGUAUUAAAGAGAAACAUGCUGACUAAAUCAAAGUCUGGGCUAAGAUAGAACACCCAUGAGAUACUGCUGAUGGAUCUGAGGAUUUUUUGCAGAAUUGGUUCCUUUUGACGACUGGUCCCCAGAUCAGCCACCUCUCCCAUGGAGAAUUUUCUCCCAUCACCCCAAGAGACUGGUCUAUUCAUAUGUCUAAGAAUGAAACAAUUCUCUGUUAGUUCCACCCACAUCCCUACCCUUUAGUAGAGUACCAGUACCGUAGUAUGUGGAGAAAAGUUUUGAGCAUCUGAUGGGUAAUGAUUUUUUGAACUGAAGCAAUCUCUCUUAGAGGGAGGGAGGAGGCUCCUGGGACUCAGGAAGUAAACACCCUUAUGCUGAAACUAAGAAGGUCUGUGAGGCUCCUUUUCAAGCAACAGAAGCAGUAAACACUUGCUGAGGAAAGGAGAACUCUGGGACCAGCCACUCUGCCUGGAGGAGAGACUGGCCUGUCCAAUGCCUAUCCAGAGUAGAACUCUCAGCUCCCUCUCCAGCACCAUGUCUGCCUGCUCACCACCAUGAGGAUAAUGGACUAAACCUCUGAAACUACUGGCCUCAUUGGAUCUCAGCUGGGCACAGCAGGGAAGUCCUGCAAGACUCUCAGCUAGGAGGGAAACUUGGAGCCAGAACUGCUGAAGGAAAGCUGAGAUGGAGCUGAUCCCCAACCUUUCCAUGGAAACGUGGGUGCUGCUGGCUAUCAGCCUGGUGCUCAUCUACAUAUAUGGGACCCAUUCUCAUGGGAUUUUUAAGAAGCUCGGCAUUCCUGGACCCAAACCUCUGCCUUUAUUUGGCACCAUUCAUGCCUAUGGUGAAGGUGCGUGGAAAUUUGAUGAUGAUUGCUAUAAAAAGUAUGGAAAAAUGUGGGGGUUUUAUGAUGGUCAACAGCCUGUGCUGGCUAUCACAGAUCCAGAGCUCAUCAAAGUGGUGCUAGUGAAAGAAUGCUACUCAGUCUUCACAAACCGUCGGCCUUUUGGUCCAGUGGGACUUAUGAAAAAGGCCAUCACCAUAUCUGAGGAUGAAGAAUGGAAGAGACUUCGAACACUGCUGUCUCCAACUUUCACCAGUGGAAAACUCAAGGAGAUGUUCCCCAUCAUUGGACAGUAUGGAGAUGCAUUGGUGAAAAACUUGAGACAAGAAGAAGAAAGAGGGAAGCCCAUCAUCAUGAAAGACAUCCUUGGAGCUUAUAGCAUGGAUGUAAUCACUGGUACAUCAUUUGGAGUGAACGUUGAUUCCCUCAACAAUCCAGAGGAUCCCUUUGUGCAGAAAGCCAAAAAGAUCUUAAAGUUUUCCAUUUUUGAUCCGUUUCUUCUCUCUAUAGUUCUGUUUCCAUUCCUUACUCCAAUAUAUGAGUUGUUAAAUCUCUCCAUUUUUCCAAGACAAUCAGUGAACUUUUUCAAAAAAUUUGUAACAAGGAUGAAGAAAAAUCGCCUUGAUUCAAACCAGAAGACCCGAGUGGAUUUUCUUCAGCUGAUGAUGAACACUCAGAACUCCAAAGGCGAAGAGUCCCCAAAAGCUCUGUCUGAUCUAGAAAUGGCAGCACAAACCGUUAUUUUCAUUUUCGCUGGCUAUGAUGCUACAAGCACAUCCAUUUGCUUCAUGAUGUAUGAACUGGCCACCCAUCCUGAUGUGCAGAAGAAACUUCAGGAUGAGAUUGACAGAACUCUGCCCAAUAAGGCACCUGUCACCUAUGAUGCCUUGAUGGACAUGGAGUACCUUGACAUGAUGGUGAAUGAAACUCUCAGAUUGUACCCAAUCGCUAACAGACUAGAGAGGGUCUCAAAGAAGGAUGUGGAAAUCAAUGGAGUGUUCAUUCCCAAAGGGACUAUAGUUAUGGUACCAACUUACCCUCUUCACCGGGACCCUGAGUACUGGCCAGAGCCUGAAGAGUUCCGCCCUGAAAGGUUCAGCAAGGAGAACAAGGGCAGCAUCAAUCCUUAUGUAUACCUGCCCUUCGGGAAUGGACCCAGGAACUGCCUUGGCAUGAGGUUUGCCCUCAUCAGCAUGAAACUCGCUGUCGUCAGAGUCCUGCAGAACUUCACCCUCCAGCCUUGUGAGGAAACAGAGAUCCCCCUGAAGUUCAGCAGGCAUCCAAUUCUCCAACCAGAAAAACCCAUCAUCCUGAAGAUUGUGUCAAGAGAUAAACCCAUAACUGGAGAAUGAAUUUCCCUCAGGAACCAUGCUAUAUUCUUCAAGGGGGCUGUGUCAUGGAACACCAGCAAAUUUAAUUUACCAUGGAAUGAAACCCAGAUGAAAUGAGCAUAAUGUACUUUCCUUGAUGAUUUAGUAUUCAGUAAUGCAUUGAACAUGCUCAGUGUCUAUACAGAGUAUCAUCUAUUAUGUGAUUCAAAGGAAACAAAGUCAGUCAUAGAUAUGGAGAUUCAUCUUCUGAUUCUUUUGGGACAAUCUACACUGAUUCCAAUUAGUUCCAUCAAUUCUGAACUCUAACUGUAGUAAUGGUUUCUCUUUACUUCUACCAAUAAUUUUUAAUAAAAUAGAAACUGUUGUAUAGAC